GUUUGAAGGGAAAAAAGGGGAAAAGAGCGUCUCAAAAUCUCAUUUCAACCACCACCUCCAUCACUGCUUCCGGAAGCUCUCAUCAGCUCAAAUUUCACUAAAGUAUACUGUGAAUUUCCUGGUCUUGCAAACGAUUCGGAGCUUUGCGGCCGGCAGAGACAGUUUGCUUUAGGACGGGUUGAGGAGUGACUUUGCGAGGGAGGAUGAACGUCAUCGGAAGACAGAUGGCAAGAUCUAAUGCGACGGUGCAUCACCAGCGACAGUACUCCGAUAACUUCCUGGACUCCACGUUCAACGGGAAAUGGCUUCAGUCGUCCAAUUUCCCCUCAUCGCAGGAUUUUGGAUACUACGGAGUUCAGAGGUCCUCGAGUUUGAGAAAGAUCAGCGAUGAGAACGUUUCGCCCAGCGAACUUAGCCCUGGGUUGCUGGAUCUGCAUUCCUUCGAUACUGAGCUAUUGCCUGAGGUUCCUAGCCUGUACGAGGGAUCCUCACUUCUUCAGCCUGUUGGUAGUAAAAGUUUUGAGGACUCUGAGUCAUAUAUCCCUACAAACAAAAUAAUAGGCAGGAGCCGUGGUCCGCCUGAGAAUAACCUUCUUAAAAGCUUAUCUAUGGACAGAGAAAGAGCCAACAAUGUUGCUAAGAUCAAAGUUGUAGUGCGCAAAAGGCCAUUGAACAAAAAGGAGAUGGCAAAGAAAGAGGAAGACAUUAUUACUAUAGAACCAAAUUCUAAUUCUCUCACAGUUCAUGAGAAAAAACUAAAGGUUGAUCUAACAGAAUAUGUUGAGAGACAUGAAUUCCUAUUUGAUGCUGUGCUCAAUGAAGAUGUUUCAAAUGAUGAAGUAUAUUCUGAAACUGUGCAGCCAAUUGUUCCACUCAUUUUCCAGCGAACAAAGGCAACCUGCUUUGCAUAUGGGCAAACAGGCAAUGGAAAAACUUAUACCAUGCAACCACUGCCCCUAAAAGCAUCCCAAGAUAUUUUAAGAUUCAUGUACCGUACAUACCAGAACCAAGGUUUCAAACUGUUUGUCAGUUUCUUUGAGAUAUAUGGAGGGAAAGUCUUUGAUCUCCUAAAUGAUCGGAAAAAGCUUUGCAUGAGAGAGGAUGGGAAACAACAGGUUUGCAUUGUAGGUUUGCAGGAGUAUAGGGUAUCAGAUGUUGAGACAAUCAAAGAAUUAAUUGAGAAAGGAAAUGCCACUAGAAGCAUUGGUACUACUGGUGCAAAUGAGGAAUCCUCACGAUCACAUGCUAUACUUCAGCUUGCUGUCAAGAGAUCAGCUGAUGGCAGUGAAACAAAGCCUCCCAGACUUGUGGGAAAGCUAUCUUUCAUAGAUCUUGCAGGAAGUGAGCGUGGAGCAGAUACCACCGAUAAUGACAAAUUAACAAGAAUGGAAGGUGCCGAAAUUAAUAAAAGCUUACUUGCUUUAAAAGAAUGCAUCAGAGCCCUUGACAAUGAUCAAGGUCAUAUUCCUUUCAGAGGAAGCAAGCUAACAGAAGUUCUUAGAGAUUCUUUUGUUGGUGACUCACGGACUGUCAUGAUAUCUUGUAUAUCACCUAGCUCAGGGUCAUGUGAGCACACUCUGAAUACAUUAAGAUAUGCUGACAGAGUGAAGAGUCUAUCAAAAGGGAACAACCCUAAGAAGGAUUUGCUGUCUUCAUCUUCAAACCUGAGAGAUUCGAUUGCAUUGCCCUUGUCUUCAACUGUUACAACUGAUCUGUCCUUCGAGGAUACCAUUAAUGAUGUUCCCUUUGAAAAGAACAGAUUUGGCUGGUCAAAACAGAUUGAAAGAGAAGCAUCUCCACCUUUUAAAGUGGAUCGAGUUCCUAGUAGAAGGGCAGAGGGAAAUUUGGCCACAAAUGUGUAUUCGGAUUAUUACAAGGAUCAGAGAGGUGGUCUAAAUGGCCUUCCUGAGGAUGAUCUUAAGUACUGUGGGGAUAAUUAUGACCAAGAGAAAACAUCAUGGAAGAAUAAUAGCAAGGUGCAGAACUUCCCACUGUCAUCUUUAGAGGAGAAGCAGAAGAAUGAAACUUCGACAAAGUGGGUGGAUCACCCAACAUUUGAAGAUAACCAUUCACAUUCAGAUGAUGAUCUGAAUGCUCUAUUGAAGGAGGAAGAAGAUCUUGUAUCGUCUCACAGAAGGCAAGUUGAGGAGACAAUAGAUAUUGUUAGGGAGGAGAUGAAUCUAUUAGUUCAAGCUGACAAACCCGAUAAUCAGCUGGACGACUAUAUCUAUAAACUAAAUGCCAUUCUUUCACAGAAGGCUGCAGGAAUUCAGAAACUACAGACCAGGUUGGCGAAGUUCCGAAAGCAUUUGAAUGAGUAUAAUGUUUUAGUGUCAUCUGGCAAUGAUGAUGAAUAUAAUUAACUAAUUUGGUUUGGAUUGUGUCAUGUCUGAUAUGGUGUCAAUUUUGGUGACCAUAUGAUAUGUGAGGACUCGAAUAUCUUUCUUCCCUGGUGGCAGAAAAUUUAGAAGCCAACAAUUAUCAUCUGGUCACACACAGGGUGACAAGUUCCUUUUGCAUUGGAUGGUGAGCGUGGUAUUCUGUUUUAUCAUCAUUUUUUAUUGUCAAUGUCUGCUUUUCUAUAUUGUAUGUAAAAUUUAGCAUCAAUAAUUGAAACACCUUGUUUUGAGUUAUCAAGCUUGUCAUGAUAAGAAUUUUCAUGAUCUUGCCGCUAGCUUUUAUGGCCG